AUGGGCUGGGCAGUGGGUGACGGACGACAAAUAAACGCUUGGAAUGAUCCUUGGCUUAGCACGUCAAGACUGGCCAAGCCCAUGGGUCCACAACCAGAGCAUAGCAGCGAACUUAAGGUGGCCGAUCUCCUGUGUAGCGAAACCCAAGAGUGGAACAUGGCGAAGAUCAACCAAGAAUUCCCGUUUAAUGCAGAAGCCAUUUUAAGCAUAAAACCAAGCAAGCUCGGAGCUCCUGACAAACUCUUCUGGCUGCAUACAAAGGAUGGAGUCUACACAACAAAAACGGGAUAUGCGGCGGCUGUCGAGUUCAGGGAUGAACAGGAGGAAGAUAAACCUUUGAAACACCUGAACUCGAACAAAGGGGUAUGGAGCCUGAAGACUGCUCCAAAAGUGCAACUGUUGCUCUGGAAAACUCUUCGUGGAGCCCUUCCGGUGGGAGAAGCGCUACUCCAUCAACAUAUUAACAUCGAUCCUUUGUGCAAACGCUGUGGUGAACUUGAAUCUAUUACUCAUCUCCUUUUUAAAUGUGACUUUGCUGAUAAAGUCUGGGAGGAAACUCCGUUGGUAAGGAGAUUUGAUAGGAGAGGAUUAAUAGAUUUGGAAGCUACCUGGAUGGGAUUAAUAGAGAACCCAUGCUUACCACCUGUGGGCAUUGUCGAUGGGCAGCUAGCACCUUGGAUCAUUUGGGCAAUCUGGACAGCUCGUAAUAACCUGAUCUUUAAUAAUAAGAUCUGCUCUCCGAAAGAUGUUAUCACAAAGGCAAUUGUAGCAGCAAAGGAAUGGCUCAACGCCCAGAACAAGGAAGGAAGCAAGGCGAAGAUCCCACGAGCACAGAUAACUGUGCCAUCACACAGCUCUAUCAUACAAACCGAUGCAGCUUGGAAUGAUGCAACCAAGAAUUCCGGGAUAGGAUGGAUCAUCAAGCAAACAGGGGAAACUCUGUCGUUUCAGGGAUCAGCCAAACUCGUGAGCUCGCCCCUAGUGGCGGAAGCCUUGGCAAUGCAUGAGGCAGUGAAGAAGAGUAAGGAACUGGGGCUCCAGCAAGUCAUAUUCCAAUCGGACUCAGCUCAACUUAUAAAGGCGUUGAACUCAAUGGUGGAACCGACGGAACUUUAUGGAAUUGUGGCUGAUAUUAGAAUUUCUUGUCUUCAUUUCGAAUUCUCUACCUUUUGUUGGAUUCCUAGGGAAAAAAACUCUGAGGAUGAUCGCUUGGCGAAGCAGGCCCUAUGCAUUGUAUCUGGUGGCACGACCACAUGA